GUUAACGGAGUAGAGAGGAGGACAGAGAGGAGGCAAGACAGCGACCAGCAGGUGCUGAAGAUGGCUAACGAGGAGCUCAACAACGAGGAAGGGACACCUUUACUCUCCUCGAGCAAAAACACCGAAAAGCCAAGACACACAAUGAUGUCUGCGUCUUUUAAUUUCAUAAAUUCCAUCGUUGGAUCUGGAAUAAUAGGUUUACCGUAUGCAUUAAACCAGGCGGGACUCCCCUUCGGUCUCCUGCUGUUGGUGCUAGUUGGCUUUAUAACAGAUUAUACAAUCAUCUUACUUAUUAAAGGAGGAAACCUCUCAGGGACAAACAGUUAUCAAGCUUUGGUACAGAGCACCUUUGGUUUCCCAGGAUUUUUAAUUUUGUCUGCCCUGCAGUUCCUUUAUCCUUUCAUUGCCAUGAUAAGCUACAACAUCACAACUGGCGAUACACUGACCAAAGUAUUUCAGAGAAUACCUGGAGUUGGUCCAGGUCACCUACUCGCAGAGCGUCACUUUGUGAUCCUGCUAACAACUAUUGUUUUCACUCUCCCCCUCUCACUGUAUCGAAAUGUGGAGAAGCUUGGAAAGGUGUCUCUUGCAUCAAUGCUAUUGACGCUGACCAUCCUCAUUAUUGCAAUCAUCAGAGCAGCUACCUUUGGACCUCUCAUUGUCCCAACGCAGGAUGCCUGGGACUUUGCCAAGUGGAACUCUAUCCAGGCUGUUGGCCUCAUAUCUUUUGCCUUCAUAUGCCAUCACAACAGCUUUCUUAUCUACGGUUCUCUGGAGAAACCCACCAUGGCUAACUGGUCUCGGGUCACCCAUGCAUCUGUCGGCUCAGCGGUGAUAUUCAGCGCCGCGUUUGCCGUUGCUGGCUACAUUACCUUCACUGGUUACACACAAGGAGACAUAUUUGAGAACUACUGCAGAGAUGAUAAUCUGGCGACAUUCGGUCGCUUCUGUUUUGGCUUCAGCAUAAUAGCCACAUUUCCACUGGAGUGUUUUGUUACACGAGAGGUGGUAACCAAUGUUAUUUGCAGAAGGGAUCUUUCAAAAAUGGAACAUGUGCUUGUGACUUCCCUAAUAGUCCUGGCUUGCACAUCGUUGUCUUUGCCCUACGACUGUCUAGGAGUUGUUUUGGAGCUCAAUGGCGUCCUGAGUGCCACACCUCUGAUCUUCAUCAUCCCGUCCGCAUGUUUCCUCAAGCUUUCUCCUGGCAGGAGGCUACGAUGUGAGCACUUGAUACCCGCGAUGCUGAUAUUGAUGGGCUUGUUUGUCAUGAUCACUGGACUGAUCAUGAUCGGCCUCUACCCUCAAGACUGUUCACACGGCGUGGAGAUGUUCUACUGCCUACAGAGCAAUUACUCUAGUACUGCAGCACCUGACUGA